UUCAUGUUUCACACGGAAACGGCAGACUUGACAACAAAACAGAAUGAUCAGUGUUUUAUUUAUGUGUACUCUAUAUUCUGUCUAAUGUUGCCUUAAAAUACAUCCGAAGGUCUGUAAUAUUUUGCACACGUUGCUAUAAAGGCACCGCAGCUGACCCGGCUAACGUUAGAUCGCCAACGUCAGCUAACACCGCGAGAUAUUUUUACCUCGCUUGUGGAGUGAAGGAGGUUAAGUUAACGUUAGCUGGUUGACGUACAGGAGUUGUCAGUCUCUAGUAAAUGGCCUGCACUUUAGAAAAAGUGCUGGGCGAUGCCCGGACCCUUCUCGAGAGACUGAAAGAGCACGACACGGCCGCCGAGGGACUGAUAGAGCAGUCCGGGGUCCUCAGCCAGAGAGUGAAUAGCAUGAGAGAGGUGGGAAAUGCCCUCCCUGACAAGCACAUAGAAGACACUUCAGAGAUUCAGGAGCUAACCAAAUACAAGCCUCAUGCCCUUCUGACUCAGGAAAACACUCAAAUCAAGGAACUUCAGCGGGAGAAUAAAGAACUAUGGUUGUCUCUUGAAGAACACCAGUAUGCGUUAGAGUUGAUCAUGGGUCGGUACCGCAAGCAGAUGCUCCAGCUGAUGAUGGCGAAGAAGGAGCUUGACACCAAACCUGUGCUCAGCCUACACGAGGACCACGCAAAAGAAGUGCAGAGCCAGGUGGAGCGGAUAUGCGAGAUGGGCCAGGUGAUGAGAAGGGCAGUGCAGGUGGAUGAUCAACACUACUGUUCUGUUCGAGAGAGGCUCGCUCAACUAGAGAUUGAGAACAAGGAGCUGCGAGACCUCCUGGCCAUCAGCAAGGGCUCUGUAAAGACAGCAAGAGAAGACACCAGCCAGCCAGCAGCAGCAGCAGCACAAGAACAGUCCCCUUAAUCGAACAAGUGAUCAGAAUAGCUUCAGUGUGAACUGUGGUUGGGGCAGCCAGUCCUUCAGGACAUGGAGUUGAUGAUCUCCUUAUCUGCGUUCACAUUUAUUUUAUUUUUUACACAACAUGGAAUGCAGUAAAACCACAUUAUAUUUUUUGUUGUGAAUGCCACUUAAACACAACAUUCUGGCUAUCAGAAGCAUUUACCUGCAGCUAGAUCUGGAUGAUUGCUAUUGUUGCACAUGUACAGCAUGUGUAUUCACUGAAAUGUUGGAGUGAUUCCACAUAAACUGAUUUUUAUUUAAGUGUCUUGGUUAUCACGGACAAGAAUUGAGUGGGAGCUAAGACACAAGUACUGGAGUAAAGGUAGUAAUAUCAAAGGGGAUAUAUUUUUGUUGUUGACCAAAGAUGGGUUAUCCUUCAUGGACACAGUUUCUACCUCUUUGGUGUCCCUUUGCUGUUACACAAUGUGUAAAAUGCUACCCAGCUUAUAUUCUAUACUGUUUUUAGAGGUUGUGCUUGAUAGUCACUGCCAAUGUGAUUACUUUUGGCUGUUUCACAUAGUUUGCUUGUAUAUCAUUUUCUGAAUUCAAUACGUUUGUUGGUCGGUAUGUAGAAUUCAUGAUUUCCAUGUUUAGUUAUUUGAUUCUGUGUGUUAAACACCAAUUUUCUUUAUUUAAUGGUAAUUUUAAAACAUACCAGCUUUUUGUGUAAUGGAUAUCAACUGUUUGUUGUCAGAAAUUGCAUAUUGUAUAUUGUCAUCUCAGGAAAUCAUUGUUAAUAAGGUGAACAUGCUGUAAUGACUUAAUGACAGUGUACCGAUUUGUGUCAAGCGAAAUUUCCUUCAGAAACUUUGAGAUACAUUUUCAAAUAAAAUAUUCUGCGUCUGCGAAUGUUUUUUUCUGC